AUACUUUGUGGCUGUGGUAACUUGUGGAAACACGUACUUUUUUUUCAUUCAACGUCAGAGACACGCCCCCGGUUUCUCAGACCAUGUGGUUGAUGAUAAACACAGUUUAAUAUCUCGCCAUGUUAAGCUUUUUGGUUUUAACAUUUGUUCGAUUUUAGUUAGAUUUCUUACCGCGCGCUCACUAUUAGCUGUCACCAUGUCUGUUGCCGACGACGUGAAUUUUGAAACCCAGAUUGCGUCUGUUUUGGAUUCACUUGCAAAGGUGGCGGUGGUGGAAAUAACGAAACUGUUCGAGAGUCGCUUCCUUGCUUCGGGAACCACUAUUCUCAUUGAAGGGCGGAGUGAACAAAAUGAAACCUUGCAAACAGUGGACGCUGUAAAAAAGUCUGGCAAAAAAUGUCUUCGCAGUAUCGGAGUUCAAGUGGAUGAGGAAACAACAACGUCCUUAGAGCUACAUGAAAACCCAAAACAGUGCUUGUCCUUGGAGGGAGGCAGUGGUUCUUUGAAUGGGAGCAAUGAGGAGGAGGGUCCUGCACAUCGUAUCCCCCUGCUGAAGGGUAAUCAGCCUGCUGAACUCAAGUGCUCUGUUCUAGAAGAGAAGGUUGUGGAGAUGGUGGAGGGGAUUAGUCUGGAAACAAAAUCUUCAACAACCACUGAGCCAGAAGAAGAACAAGUGAUCUAUUCUGCCACUGUGGAUCCAAUCCACCUUUAUGUUCCUGUUCAAAGCUCCCCAACUAAGCAGAAACCCCAGCCCCUCAAGACAGAAACUGAGAAUGGAAUCAACAUAGAAUGUGAGACUAAAGUCAUCUGCCAAAUGGUCCCAAAGGCGGAGGAGGACAUAACACGACAGCCUACAUGUAAAGAAAAGCCUACCCAGAUGGAGCCCCAGCAGGCCAGUUACAGCACCGCCAAAGGAACAGCCUACAGCCCAUCCUCCUCAGAUGGGGCUUUGGUUCCUGUACAGGCUAAGAGUAAGUUGAAAUUUAUGGGUGUAACAAACGCUCCCUCUGCUCUAAUGAAGAAAAAGGUGGAUGUCAAGCUGGACCAGACAAAGAAGAAGAAGGUGAACUUCAAGCUGGACCAGACAAAGAAGAAGAAGGUGAACUUCAAGCUGGACCAGACAAAGAAGAAGAAGGUGAACUUCAAGCUGGACCAGACAAAGAAGAAGAAGGUGAACUUCAAGCUGGACCAGACAAAGAAGAAGAAGGUGAACUUCAAGCUGGACCAGACGAAGAAGAAGAAGGUGAACUUCAAGCUGGACCAGACGAAGAAGAAGGUGGACUUCAAGCUGGACCAGACAAAGAAGAAGGUGGACUUCAAGCUGGACCAGACAAAGAAGAAGAUGGUGGACUUCAAGCUGGACCAGACAAAGAAGAAGAUGGUGGACUUCAAGCUGGACCAGACCUCCUUGGAGCAGAAGUUGACGAGGCCUUGCUCUGUCCAGCUGGUGAACCUGCUUUUGGUGCCUGGAGGAAAGAACUCUGGAGGGAAGAAGGCUAAUGGUAGCAACUGUCAUGACAGCAAGAGGUUCCCAAUGCCAAAGGACCUCAAGACCCACCAAGGCCUCCACACGGGCCGACGCCUCUGCUGCUUCACUCCGUGUGGGAACGGUGUCUGGCGGAUACAAGGGGACCUCUCCUCAAGCCGCGCCCAUGGCUGCAAGAUCUGUGGGAAGCGCUUCAAGCGCAGGAAGAUCCUGAGGAGGCAUGAGCGCUUCCACACCGGUGAGAAGCCCUACUCCUGCUCCCAGUGCUCCAAAACGUUUGCCCUGCGGAAAAGCCUCCGCAGGCACGAACGGUUCCAUACAGGGCAGAGACCUCACAGCUGCCCCCAGUGUGGGAAGAGCUUUCGUCUCAGGGACAAUCUGAAGGCUCAUCUGCGCUUUCACACUGGUGAGAGACCUUUCACCUGCUCCUUCUGCUCCAAGAGCUUCAGAAUCUUCCGGAAUCUUGAGAAACACAGCAUUGAUCACUUGGGAGCGACAGCGAAAUAGCACAUUUUCCGGCGAAAGACAACUGUGCUAAAAGCAUGAGCAGCCUUUUGUAGGCCACCUUACAAAACUGUCCUACCUCUAACUGAAACAACUGAAUGUCCAUUCCUCAUUAUAACCAACCAUUUUGGUUAUUUUUGAUAAGGUGCUAUGAUGGUAAAUUGCAAUCAGGUUUGGAUUGUCCAGAAUGAUCAUCAGAGUGUAAGCUUCAGUGGACACUGAUGUUGUUGACAGCCAUAAUGUUCUAAUACGGUAAGGGCCUGUUUUCCAGACACAGAUUAUGCUUAAUUUUAAACCAAAAAGUUAUUUCAAUGGAGUUUUUCUAUUGCGCAUGCUGGACUAGGCUUAAAGAGACUCUUCGGGAUUUUGGCAUUGAAGCCCUUUUAUCUACUUCCAGAGAGUCAGAUGAACUCAUGGAUGCCAUUUUUAUGACUCUGCAUUCAGUUUGAAGGAAGUUGUUAACUAGCACAAUGACUGGAAGUCUAUAGUAACUGCUAGUAUGCUAGUAGAUAACAUAGAUUUCUGGUCAUUGCUCUAACGCUAGUUAGAAUUGGCUUGCGAAACUACACUACAUGACCAAAAGUAUGUGGACACCUGCUCGUUGAUAUCGGAAUGAGAUGGUCAAACUUUACAGUUGGCACUAUGCAUUGGGGCAGGUA